CCAGUUUUACGGGAACAUUGUACAGUUUAAAAAUAAAACCGGCAGAAGCAAUAGCCUUUGUAAGUGACACUACGUUUGAGCUUUGCUUAGUCCCUUCACCAUUCAGGCUUAUGAUCCUAAUUCUUAGUACGAAUGAGCAGAAAAGCAGAUCACUCCUACAGUCUCAUGGUUAGAGUUAGAGCCGAAGACCUGAGGUGAUGAGAAGGUUUUUGUUACUGUAUGCUACACAGCGAGGACAGGCAAAGGCCAUAGCAGAAGAAAUAAGUGAGCAGGCUGUGUCACACGGGUUUUCUGCAGAUCUGCACUGUGUCAGUGAGUCGGAAAAGUAUGAUCUGAAAACAGAAACUGGCCCUCUGGUGAUGGUUGUAUCCACGACAGGGACAGGAGACCCACCUGACACAGCCCGCAAGUUUGUUAAAGAAAUACACAACAAGACACUACCCACAGACUUUUUUGCUCACCUGCGGUAUGGAUUAUUGGGUUUGGGUGACUCAGAGUACACAUACUUCUGCAAUGGAGGGAAAGUAAUUGAUAAAAGACUUCAGGAGCUCGGAGCCCAGCAUUUCUAUGACACCGGACACGCCGAUGACUGUGUAGGUUUAGAGCUUGUGGUAGAGCCGUGGAUUGAUGGACUCUGGGCUGCUCUCACAAAGCACUUUACGUCACUCGGAGGACAAGAAGACAUGAGUGGUGCACUCCCACGGGCAUCAGAUGCCCCCUCGAGCACGGCUGUGGAGCCAGAGUUGUUGCACAUCCAGUCACAAGUUGAACUUCUGAGAUUAGAGGAUGAAGGGAAAGGGGAUUCUGAGCUUCGAGAACAAAAUGAGACAAACAGGAGUCAGCUGAGUCGGAUCGAAGACUUUGACUCCUCACUUGUCCACUCGGUUCCCCCACUCUCACAGACCUCUCUAAGUAUUCCUGCUGCACCCCCAGAGUAUUUGGAGGUCCAUCUUCAGGAGUGUCUUGACCAGGAGGGAAACCAAGCAUCUGUGCCGUCAGUGGAUCCAAUUUUUCAAGUUCCAAUUUUGAAAGCUGUUCAGCUGACUACAAAUGAUGCCGUAAAGACCACUCUGCUGUUGGAGCUGGACAUUUCAAAAAUAGAGUUUUCCCAUCAACCUGGAGAUUCCUUCAAUGUCAUCUGUCCAAACAGUGAUUCUGAAGUAGAAAACCUGCUUCAAAGGCUGCAGCUGGCUGAUAAGCGAGCACACCGUGUCAACUUGAGAAUUAAGACGGACACCAAGAAGAAAGGAGCUGCGGUGCCCCAGCAUGUGCCUGAGGGGAGUUCUCUCCAGUUCAUCCUCACCUGGUGUCUUGAAAUAAGAGCAGUUCCUAAAAAGGCGUUUUUGCGGGCACUUGGGGACCACACGAGCAGUGCCCCUGAGAAGCGGAGAUUGCAGGAGCUGUGCAGUAAGCAGGGAGCAGCUGAUUACAACCGCUUCAUCCGGGAUGCCAACGUCUGCCUGCUGGACCUACUGCACGCCUUUCCGUCCUGCCAGCCUCCACUCAGCCUCCUGCUAGAGCAUCUUCCUAAACUCCAGCCUCGACCAUACUCGUGUGCAAGCUCCAGCCUACGCCAUCCAGACAAGCUCCACUUUGUGUUUAACAUCAUAGAGUUUCCAUCAAACACCACGGCAGCCUCACUGCGGAAGGGAGUGUGCACGGGCUGGCUAGCCACACUGGUUGCUCCUUUUCUUCAGCCAAACUCAGAUGUUUCAGAUGCAGACAGUGGUGACACUCUGGCUCCUGAGAUACCUAUCUCCCCUCGGGCAACAAAUUCUUUCCACUUACCAGAUGACCCGUCAGCCCCCAUCAUAAUGGUGGGUCCAGGAACUGGUGUAGCCCCCUUUGUUGGCUUCCUCCAGCACAGAGAAAAACUCCAAGAACAGCACCCAGAUGGAAAUUUUGGAGCAAUGUGGCUGUUUUUUGGCUGCAGACAUAAGGACAGAGACUAUUUGUUCAGGGAGGACCUCAGGCAUUUCCUCAAGACUGGGGUCUUGACUCACCUGAAGGUCUCGUUCUCAAGAGACACUGUACCUGAGGAGGAGGAAGCUCCAGCAAAGUAUGUGCAAGACAACCUCCAGCGUCACAGCCAGCAGGUGGCCAGGAUCCUCCUUCAGGAGAAUGGCUACAUUUACGUGUGUGGAGAUGCCAAGAAUAUGGCCAAGGAUGUAAACGACGCCCUUGUAGAAAUCCUAAGCAGAGAAGCUGGAGCUGACAAACUAGAAGCAAUGAAGACACUGGCGACAUUAAAGCAAGAAAAACGGUAUCUGCAGGACAUCUGGUCGUGAGACUGGAAGGGAGACACUUGGGGUUUGUUUUUGUUUGUUUGUUUUUUCUUGAAGUGCCAAAGGACAGUUUUACAGAAGAGGAGUCUUGGAGGAGGCUAUGUGGGGAACGGCUUGCUUACAGAUACAACAGGUAGAGCCGCCUGACAGUCUCACAGGUCGUUUCCCACACCUUAUCUGUGGCCCUGCCCAGCACCUCACUACGUGGAGGGGAAGAGGCAGCUCCCACCUGGCACCCCAUUGCACAGGGGCGCUCCCCAAGAGGACAGAGAGUGGAUGGCUCACCUGUGCCUGGGCGCGUUUGGAGAGCUUGUGGACAUAUUGUCUUUCAAUGAAGUAUAUUCAAAGGAUAUUUAUACAGGUGACUAACACAAACACGCAAAGCAUACUUUUGCAUGUCUUUAUUUAAUUGUGGUUUAUUAUCAAAAUUAUAUUUGUGAUAAAAUAUUUUAAUUUUGAGAUAAUCCUUACAAGAGAAGGGUUUUAUGCUACUAGAAAUAUAUUUUGAAAUACAUUUGAAAUUGUAAUCUGCCGUUCACAUCAUGUCAACUUUAGUGUCACAGUCCUGCAGCUUAGGGCAUUUGCAUCCCUGACAAAGGCGCCACGUGUAUAUCUCAAUAACACUGCGCCCUGUUCUUCUCAUGGACUCCAUGUCUGCUCCUCACUGAUAGACUUGGUUUUUCCCCAAUACCUGACUGCGCUUCUGUGAUUCAGCUCAGAUUAAAUAACUCCAGUUAGACUUCUAAUACCAAAUUUACUUGCAAGCUAUGAAAAUAAAGUAUAUAAAAGGA